UCGACCUACUUUGUUUACGCAAAACAUUGCUCUUUGUACAGCUGUUCGCGCACCAAAUGUGAAAAACCGCAAACUAUCUUGCACAUUUUUGCUCAAAAUCUUUGCAAUAUCGAAACCACCCAGAAGCCAGAAAACCAUCGCAGUCAUGAUGAACUCGGAAAUGAGCAGCAGCAUGCACUCGGGACGGCCGGAAAGUGAUUUUAGCAUCGAGUGCUUUCAGAACUACACCGCCCCGGAAGUGUUCGUCCAGGGUUUGGCCGGACUGGUGAAUCAAACCGACGUCGAAGUUAUGAUACGCGCCCAAAAGCAAAUGCUGCAGCGUUUCGAGAAGACGAACGAAAUGCUGCUCAACUGCAACGCGCUCAGCGCUAGCCGGCUGAAGCUGGCUACGGAUGAUUUCAAAAAGCACACCAAACUGCUGCACGACAUGAAGAAGGAUUUGGACUACAUUUUCCGCAAGAUUCGCACGAUCAAGACGAAAAUCGGCAACCAAUAUCCGGCCGCCUUUGCCGAGGCGGAAGCGAAGAACAAACCGAUCAGCUUCGACGAGGAGGACGAAAUCGAUACGGCCAGCCGGGCGGAAACGUUGGACGAGAAGCGAGACCAACCGGACGGUGAGGGCGUCGGGAGUGGUGCUGGUGGUGGAGCGCCGGCUGUGUCCACUCCUGUUAAGGGAUCGUCCGGCGGAAGCGGCAAACCAUCCACAAGCAAGAGUGAAGCACCGGAGGGUGGUGCGAAGGAGCGGAAGAAAGUGCUGGCCGGCGGUGGUAGCAGGGAGAAUUCCACUGUUGGCUAUGUGAAGAUGGAACAAAGUCCGGAAAAUCGUAAAUCUGGUGGUGGUGGCGGAGGAUCGAGCGGCGAACAGAAGCGACGUUCGUUCCGUUCCGCGCAGAGCAGCUCGACCGACGAUUCUUCGGAUUGUACCUCGGAUACGGGAUAAGCAGGGCUGGAAGGGCUCGGGAAAGGGAACGAUGCAGCGAGAAACGUUUUAUUUUAAUGAUCUCAUUCGUUUAGUUAACCGGAGGUAGAAGACAAAACUAAUUAGUAUGUGCCAGAGGUAGGUUUAUUUUAUGUCAGUUAUUUAAAUUGAAUUAACUCUAAAUGAUGUACCAAAAUAAUAAAAGAAAGGCUUUGAAUUGAGAAUU